UGUACUCUCAAUGAAGAAUUUGAUGAAUUGCGCCUAGUCUCCAUUCAUGGCAAUGCAAAUGGUGAAGUUUAUGCUAAACUUAUAGUAAACCAUGCUAUUCCUACUAUACAACAUCUAGUUUCUGAUGAGCAAGAAGUUCUUGAACAAGCUGGUAUUCCCCAAGAAGUUGAAAGACGAUUGUAUAAUUCUUUAAAUAAACCUACAAAUAUUGAUAAUUUGGAGGAAAAGGUCAUAGCAGUGUGGUAUUCAAUUCCAUCCCAAUAUUAUCAUAGGGUG